AUGCCUGCCGCGCCUCGAAACGCCACCACAGUCGGCUUACAGUGUUACCCUAUCGAAUUCCUCCUGAAAGCCAAGCAUCGUUCAUUUCACUGCCUCGGCUUACGUGAACUAAAGAAUCAAUUCCAUACCGAUGAUAUGAGUGGUAAUAUAGCAUUCGCAGAUUUUCAGCGGAAGAUGUUAUCUAUGCCUCUGGGCUUAGCAUUUGCACAGAUGGUCAAGGCUAUAAUCAAAUCUAGCCACAAGGUCCGCGCCCUCCAUACGUGCGGCAAUAUCGCAUGUGGCAUGAAGUUGGGGUCUAUAAAAUUGUCAGAGUCACAGCAUCAAUCACUGCUAUUGCACUUGAUCGAUCUUACGACUCUACAUAUGUGCAUUCGCAUUAAAGAUAACGAAAACGACAUAUUCAAUGAAGACGCCUUCAAACAUCUUCUUAGUAUGCUGGUCACAGUCGCACCCAAAUUGAAGGUCCUGACCUUCGCUCAAUGGAGUCCCUUGGAAGAAUUGUCUCCUCUCUAUUUUCAGGAUCUCUCCCAGAACAUCCGGUUUUCCCAGCUAGAAGAACUUCAUCUUCAUUCCAUUGAGCUGACAGUGGGGAAUCUCAAGCGCUUUCUUCAGACAGCAGCGCCAACCUUGAGGCGACUGAGUAUGAAGAACGUCAGCUUGACAGAUGCGAUAAUUGGAGCACGAGAUCCAGGCCCCCUCACAGAAGAGAGGAGUAGUUGGGGUUCUUCGCUGUCUCUCGAAGUCAUCAACAAGAUCCAGGAACUCUGGAAGCGAAGCUUCGAAUUGUUGGCAGAUAGCCCCAAGCUGCGGUUUGUCCAAUUGUCUAGUCUUGGUUACCGUGGAAGAGAGAUCAUUUUGCAAGAUGACCUAUAUAUGGAACGCGGGCAGCCGGAUGCACAGCCGGAUGCACAGCCGGAUUCAAAUGCGCGGCGUUCGAUCAACUGGUCAGAGAUCUAUUCCGAUCCUACCAGGGGUCAGUCAUCCUUGAUAGAUUUCUGUUUCGAUGCUGAGAGAGCGAAUAUAUCACUCAAACGAUGGAUCAUGCAGCUGCGGAUGGAGAUGUGCAAUCCGGCAGGCCUUGCAACUACCCAACUUCCGGGGACCAGCGGCUUGAGUUUUAACCAAGACGGCGUUAGGUCCUCUACUACGUACCAACCGGGGGAAGAGCCAGACCCUAGAAGACUCGCAGAAAUGGGGGCUUUAGUCGUCUAA